AUGACUACCAUACACCCCCUAGCAAAAGCAAUCCUAACCUCCCACGGCGUCCCAGCAGACCGAGCCGAGUUAAUCGCCACAGCCCUAAUACUAGCCGACCUACGCGGCGUCGAUACACACGGGAUAAACCGGCUCCCAGGGUACAUCGCCCGCCUCCAAGCCGGAGUCGUAGCACCAGCCCCAGAACUAACAUUCCACACCAAAACACCAACGAUGGCACUGCUGGACGCCAAAAACACCUUCCGGCUUUCAACCACUACGGCAUGGGGGCUACGUACGUGCUGCGUGUCAUUAAGUAGGGGGUUCACCUGUUUCGCGUACACGAAUGCGAGUCGGGCAAUGAUGCCGUGGGGAGGGGCGGAGGCGUUGCUGGGGACGUCGCCGUUUGCGGUGGGGGUUCCUGGUGGUGUGGAGGGGGAUUUUGUUCUGGAUAUGUCGUCUUGUGGGACGUGGUUCUGCCGAUUGGGGGGCCCCAAGGGGAGUGGGUUGGCAAUGAUGAUGGAUAUCUUUUCCGGGGUGAUGAGUGGAGCGGCUUUUGCGCGGGGGGAGGAGUUUAGGGAGCGUAUGGAUACGUUGCUGAGGACUGUGAGGGGGGUUAAGAAGGUAGAGGGCUUUGAGAGGAUUUAUGUUAGUGGGAGGAUGGAGGCGGAAGUCGAGGAGAGGAGGAGGAGGAGGAGGAGGAGGAGGAGGGACGGCAUUCCUUUUACUAAGGCUGAGGUCGAUGCCUUGCAUUAUUUGGGGUUGCAGUCUGGGGUUCAGAUUAAGAUGGAGGAGAUGAGUAAAACUUCGUGA